UCUUGGGUUAUUAGCUAAAAAAGUUGAGGCAAGAAUCCAACAAACGGAGUUAAAUACAGAACUCGCGUAAAUUCAACGCUGGUAACCCAAGCUUCAGCUGGAGUGAAGCUAACAGGUGCUUCAGCGUGCGGUGCAUUAUUUUGAAUUCUUUAAGCGCUGUCAGCCCUUUGUUCAGAUUCUUGACGGGUCCACUUGCCUUUUAAGCCAGUGUACAGUGAAAGUGUAGGCUUAUGUCGGAGUGACUGUUGCGGGGACAGGGCUCUUGUAGCGAGGCUUUUUCAGCACCACGGGGAGCGACCCUGCCACUCCUCCCGCCGCCUGCAUAAAUUAUCCGUAAAGAAGUCGUUCAAUCCUCCGCCCAGCCGUCGCGCCAUUGGUUAAGAGCUGAUCUACUUCCUGAUUUGCUGCUGUCAGUCUCGAUCCAAAUAAAUAGUAAUGUACCUGUACCAGCGUGCACAGGUUGCCAACGAGACUACGUUCCAGCUUUUAAGGUCCUGAAGACUGGGACCAACUGAGUGAUUUUGUUUGCAACACAGGCAUCACAAGCCCCACGGAUUGUCCCUGUUUUGUUUUUGUUUUUUUGUUUGUUUGUGUGUGUGUGUUUUUUUUUUUUUUUUUUUUUUUUUUUUAAGUUUUGAGAUGAAUCUGAACUACAUUUCUCCGGUCCCCCAGAUGCCGGCUCAAAGGUCAACGUCGUUCUUCAUUGAAGAUAUUUUACUACAUAAACCUAAACCUUUGCGAGAGCUGUUUCCCUCGCCCUUUUCAAACUCUCUUGCCUCCCGGAUGCCUCUUAUAGAGUAUGGAUAUCCACUCAUGCCUACACCGAUACUGGCUUCUCAUCCGCAUCAUCCGUUACACAAACCUGAACAUCAUCCAUACUUUUUCACCUCCGGAAUGCAGAUGCCUGCGUUAUUUCAGCAUCAUCCCGAAUUACCAGGGAAGCACUGCAGACGCAGGAAGGCCAGAACAGUGUUCUCAGACUCGCAGUUAUCCGGACUCGAGAAACGGUUCGAGAUCCAGAGAUAUCUGUCCACACCUGAGCGCGUGGAACUGGCUACGGCGCUCAGUCUAUCGGAAACACAGGUAAAGACGUGGUUUCAAAACCGGAGGAUGAAGCAUAAAAAGCAACUGAGGAAAACACAAGACGACCAGAAAAACCCAAAUGAUGUAGACAGAUCGCUGGAGAACACGAGCGAGAGCGAAAUGCACGAGAAAAGUACAGACGGUAAAAACGGCAUGAGCCCGGACAGAUACACGCUGGAUGACAAUGAAGAUGAUGUCGAUAUCGAAGAUGACAUUUGCUCUCCUGAACAUUUACUCUAGUAUUAUCACCCCAUGAACAAAAAAUGUACAUAUGAAUUAAGGUCUUUUAGAUAGGAAAUUAUAUAUAGUUUUUUUUUUUUUUUUUUUUUUUUUUUUUUUGAGAGCAUUGGUCCAAUGUUAUACUGUUCAAGCGCUUAAGAAAAUUCUGGAAAGCUGAAGGACUUUAAAUGAUACGUGUCUAUUCCACAUUAUUAUUAUUAUUAUUAUUAUUGCAAUAGUCAUGGCUUUGUGUCUGACGACUCUGACCAUUUUUGUAAAUGUGGAAUGAGCAAUGUACCCACAGUCUGUAAAUAGAUUUAUGAUGUACUUGAUAAAUAAUCAUUCGAAAGAUGUAACAAUUUUCAUUACAACUGAAGUGUAACAUUUGACAUUUUCAGCACUUUCGCGGGACGAUGAUAUUGGUUGGCAUGUUGUGGACUGACAUAUUUAUGAACUCAAAAACUGUGACUUGUCAUUUGUUAAAACAAAUAAUGUAUAUAAACAAAUCUACACUGAG